GACAAACGUCGAGAUCUUGGCUAUUUAGUCAUAAAGAUAAGUCUUCAAAUUAAACUUAAGAGGAUUUUAUUCGCUAGGUACUUCAGAAAAGCUCAAGCUGAGUUCAGUCUGAGACCUAAAAUGUGGAUCUUAUUGUGUUAACGGAAUAUGUUUGUAAAUUAACAGAAUGCAUGCCGACAGCAGGCACGCCACAAACUAUUUAAUGCUUUUUUUCAAAGGUUUCCUUUGCUCAUUUCAAAGUAAAAUUGUGGAGAUGACAUAAUACUUUUCAACAGACUUAGCUUUUUUGCUCACUAUCGGGCUCAGUAUAUUAACGUGUUUACAGUUUUUCGCGCCGCGUGGGUUGAGGUAAUUUGGUAACCAGGUUCCAUUAGGAAAAUAUCAUUAAUAUUCGAUGAACUGUAUGACAUUUAAUUCUCUCGGCACACGCUGCAAAAAAUCAUCCUAGUUAAAGCCCUGUCCUUUACCACAAUUUUAUCAAAUUUACUACCAAAAUGAUUGUCUUCAACUUUUUGCUUCUUCUAACAAGCACAAUAUCAGUUUGCGGCUCUCACGCUAACAGCCAAAACCAGUUCUGGUGCAACUUAACUGGAGUGGAAAGAUGCGUUAGCAACGUAACUGAAUGCAACUGUUCUUUACCAAACCAGACUUACUGUCCAUCUAGCAACUCGUGCCAGGCCUCACAAACUUACAAUGAGAGUUUGUGUCGGAGUAACGUAAGCUGCGCUGUAGAGCCUACUACAGUGACUGUAUCUUCUUCUUCUUCAUCAUCAUCAUCUUCUUCUUCUUCUGUACACGGUUCGACAGCUGCAGGUGGUGCAGGGUCCAUAGUGUCGACAGCUAGCUCUCUGGCGUCUGCGAGCUCGAGUAAAACAACUGAUGGUCACGUGUCAAUUACACCAGCUUCCACCACUUUCCAUUCACUAGACACGGACUACACACCAAUCAUAAUCAGCAUUGCUGCUGGAUUUGCGUGUUUUAUUGUGUAUGUCUGCUUUAUGUGUAUUGUUCAUUCAUGGUGGCUAAAGAGGAACAAGUUCACCGGGGUAAACAGCACACCUCUGAAGGACAUAGAAAAGAGGAAGAGGAAAGAAGAGUUAAGAGAAUUGAGACGGCAAAGAAUAGAAAGAGAAGCAAGGGAGCCGUCAAAAUUUGAUAUGGGAUACAGAAAACCUCAAAAAGUGAACGAGCGCGCCUUGGCCAAUUACGAUUGGACAAGAACUUCGUAUUUACCAGGAAUGCUCGAGCCCUCGAGCAGCCAGCCAAAUCCCGCGGUAAUCACUCCAAAACUCAUCUGUGAUGAUGAAGACACUGAUUUGGACAACCCAAAUGAAUUAGGCGAUGAAAACAAGGGUUACGAAUCAGGCCAGGAACACGAAGACGACACUCGCAAGUUAACAACACCAGCGUCUUUGUUCUCGCCAAUUGAAGUGGAACCAAAAGAGCCAGUUAUGGUUGAGCCAGAGAUCUUUGAGAGCAUGGAAGAGAUCCCGCGCCCUCCCCCUGACGGGGAUGUUGUAGACCGUGAUUCGCAUUCGCAGGAUUAUUUUAAUAUGAUGGGGAGAUUUUGAAAGACAAUUUAUCAGAUCUGGUACGGGUCAAUGAACCGAACCGGCUCUAAAAACAUUGCCAGACAAAUUAAAUACUUAGAAAAUAGUUAUAACUUGAAAUUUACAACAACUUGUUGUAAAUGUGUGUUUUAUCCCAGCAUGUGCUAAUUCAAAUCAGUGUGGUUUAUAUGAAAUAUCCAAGUCUACAGAAGAGAAAUUUUGUUUGAAUCACUGAAUUUUAAUAUUGCAACUGUGAUUGACCUCAAGUAGACAUUUCUUCGAUUCAGUCUAAAGUUUUUCAAAUAACGAGUAUUAGCUGUAAACUAGACCCAAGACGCUCGCAAGAUAUUGUGAAGCUAAAAUUUGGGAGGAUACAACUGACAAUCAAGUUAACCACGUAUGUUUGAGUUUUGGAAGUAGAUACAAAUAUAUAAACAACUGUAAACUUGAUCUGUCGUGUUUUAAUGAAGGCAUGUUGGAAAUAUUUUCAGUAUAGGAUCAUAUAGUAACAGUUGAAAUUAUACAACUUACAAUUAAGCAAUACAUUUCCCACUUAAGCCUCCAAGAGAUAUGAUCCAUCAUUCAGAUAACAUGAAAAGACUUACGUUUGUAGACUUAAGGGAGUAAAGAUCUUUGAAAUAAGUAGUUUUCAUUUCGUAUGCUAAAGUUAUUUUUAGGAAAGAAUCAUGACUAGUUGUUUAAGUAAACAACAUAAAUAAACUGUGCAAAUAAAGUUUCAGGCUGGCAACAAAAGUUAUCUCAAUUCAGAUAAAAAUGACAAGGAGAAGCCAAGUAUUUAGUGAUUUACCUGAUGCGUAUAGUUUUCCGAGUUUAUCAACGGGUAAACACGGUCAUUGCUGUUAUUAGGACAGGUUUCGGAAGUUCUUGCAGCCUGAUUCUCAAUGGGGAAAGUUCUAAGACCGGCCUUAACCGUUAAUAGCAUUUUCAAUGAAUAAAUAAAAGCUGCAAAACUUUUGGAGCAUUUAUCUGA